AUGCCUGUCUACGUGGGAAAAUCAGUAUAUUACCGUCUGUACACCAAACUCGGUGCAUUUGAAUCGAAUCACGCCCUCUACCAGAACGACCGUUUCAUUGGCCGCAUUCCGUCGAAAUUGUUUGCCCCUCCUCACAUGGUCGCGUCUUUCAGGCGGACCUUGUGCAAACUUGAGGGCCUCUCGGAGCCCGACAAGGCCCUUGUCUUCACACCGCUCUCAAGCCCAGCACCCAAAGAAGACUCUGCCCGCCUCUCUCUUUAUGGUCCUUCUGGGCCAGGCCUGUCUGAACAAGAUCCGAUCGCGCUGGUUGUCGAGUUGGAGAAGAGAAUCAAGGACGUUACACAGCCGGAGAAGCUCCCGGAACGCUCUGAUGAUACCGAUAUCCAUUACGGCAAUGCACUCAGCAGCUUCGCAGUAUACUAUCGUGUUUACUCAGCAGAAGGAGAAGGAGAUGAAGAAAAGGCAAAGACAUCCUUUGACGAGAGUGACAUAUCGUUAGGGCGCAUCAACGCCGUCUUCAUCGCUCCCCCUCAUACUGCUGGGUCUUUGAAAGCAUGCAUCACAAAAGCUGAAGGCCUCGUCACACCCGGUCAUGCGCUCUACAAGGACAUGGAACUCUUCCAAGACAUGACUAGUGACACUGCCAUGAACGACACCGACAUCAUAUCCUUCCAAGAUGACGCUUAUCCGGGUAGUGAUGAAGAUGAUCCCGUAGCCCUUGUCAAUGCAACCGCCGAUACAGCAGCGGAUCAAAAGGCUAAGCCUACAUCAGAUAAAGUUCUCAGUGAAUAUCCACUAGACACUGCAGCAACAAACUGUGCUUUUCCAGAUGGACCAGAUCCAAAAUUCACGAAACGUGCUCGGGCAAAGCGUGAUUGGAUACCCCAUAGCACCUGA